GUUACUGAAAAAAAGGAAAUAGUAAGUCUCCUUCAGAGAAAAUUAUCUUCUCCAAUCACGGCUGCUGGUUGACCGGCGGAGUACCAGAACUCAAUGCAGCACGCCAGCACCCCAAUUUUAUUCUCAACUUUCGGGCUGGAAUAGCUGAGAGGUUCGAGAUCGAUCCGAGAACAGGGAAUGGUCAAUCCCAGAGCCUCGUCCUCCUCUUCUUCUCCUUCUCCACUUCUCCGAUUUCGAAUCCACACCCCUUCCUCGAUCUCUCAGUGCGUUGCGCUCCUCCUCGCCUUCUCCACCGUCCUCUUUUUCUUCUCUCAGAGACAAAUCGCUGAGGUCGACCGCAAUCCCCUCUCCUCAGAGGAGUCUUUUUCGGUGUCAAAAGAACAACUAUGGGGUUCUUCUUUUGGCUAUGGCUAUUAUCCUUGUGUGAAGUCCACCUCAAGAUAUGCAGCUCCCCAGAACUGGGAUCGCUACUUAACUGUUAGAAGUAAUGGAGGACUCAACCAAAUGCGUACUGGUAUAGCUGACAUGGUUGCUGUGGCUCGUUUAAUGAAUGCAACACUAGUAAUUCCUCAGUUGGACAAGCGAUCCUUUUGGCAAGACUCCAGCACCUUUGCAGACAUUUUCGAUGAGCUUCAUUUUAUCAAAUCUCUACAAGGAGAUGUAAGAAUUGUGCAAGAGCUACCCAGGGAGUUGGAAUCAGCUCCAAGGGCCCGCAAGCACUUCACUUCCUGGUCUGGUGUGAGUUAUUAUGAGGAGAUGGUGCGACUAUGGAAGGAGUAUCGGGUAAUUCAUGUUCCCAAGUCAGAUUCAAGGCUAGCUAAUAGUGGCCUUCCUAUUGAUAUUCAAAAGUUGCGGUGCCGUGCUCUGUAUCAUGCACUUCGUUUUGCAGCUCCUAUUGAGAGCCUUGGAAAGAAGCUAGUGGAGCGGCUGCAGUCCCAUGGCCGAUAUAUUGCCCUUCAUCUGCGUUAUGAAAAGGAUAUGCUGUCAUUUACUGGUUGUACUUACGGCCUGAGUGACAUGGAAGCUGAAGAGCUGAGAAUUAUGAGGGAGAAUACAAACCACUGGAAAUUGAAGAAGAUAGACUCAACAGAACAGAGAAUUGGCGGCUAUUGUCCUCUAACUCCCAAGGAGGUGGGGAUAUUUCUGCAAGCUCUGGGAUACCCUCCAUCCACUUGGAUUUACAUUGCAGCUGGUGAAAUCUAUGGUGGUGAUACUUACCUCGCAGAUUUGAGAUCUCGCUUCCCAAAUUUGGUCUUCAAGGAGACAUUGGCGACAACAAAAGAGUUGCAGAAUUUUGCUAGUCAUGCUUCACAGACUGCAGCUCUAGACUACAUUAUAUCAGUUGAAAGUGAUGUAUUUGUACCUUCAUAUACGGGCAACAUGGCAAGAGCUGUUGAAGGACAUCGCAGAUUUCUAGGGCACCGCAAGACAAUCAGCCCAGACAGGAGAGGAUUGGUGGAACUUUUUGAUAUGAUAGAAAGAGGAGAGCUGAAGGAAGACGAGGGGCUCCAAGGAAAAGGUAUGGUUCUCUGCCAGGAAGUAAAGGCCGAGCUCGGCUUAGGACCGAAGAAUCCUUCUAUGAGAACCCAUUUCCUGAAUGCAUCUGCCUCUCUGGAAAGAAUUCGCAUAUGUAUAGGUAACUCUUGGGGUUGGUGUAAAGAUUGGUGGUGCAGCUUCUAUUCCCAUUCUAAAGCUCAAAGAUCGGUGGGGCUUCCAAGAUAAAGUUCCAUAUCCCUUCUAUUUCCAUUCUAAAGCUCAAAGAUGGCUUAUACAUGAUUUUUUUUUGGGGGGGG